AUGAGUGGGAUGUGCAUCCUAUCUAGUAUCAAUGUUACUACAACAGUGUGUGUGCAGUUGACCAACAAUGUCGAGAUAUCUGUUGGCCCUGUGGUGUACGUUAAUGAGUUUAUUUUUGGAAGCCAAUGGGCUAUGGACACAGGAGGCCAACAACUGCCCGUCAAUAUGUACAUGCCGGUUAGAACAUCUGACAGAAACGGCCAUUUACAGAUUCAUGCAAAAACAGAAAGAUGGGUACUAUACGAAGAAAACGAAGAUACAAUAGAAUUCCUCGAGGAACACGGAUCGGCGAUCAUACGAUCAGCAACGUGCAUCCUUCAAACGGAAACAGAAGCCGUGAAACUGCUCGAAGACCUUCCUAAAAACAUCGAAAGCCUAACAAUUAUCAAAGGAUUCGAAUCGGGCAACAAGACUGUGAAAUUCAGCGACUUGCCUAUCUUCCCGCAGCUGCUAGCUUUGGAGCUGAUAGGCCCCAACCUGAAAAGCCGGACAUCAAACAGUCACCUCAUCUGCGAAAUCGACUCUGCCAUCCCGAAACUCAAAUUCCUGAAUCUAGAGAGGGUCCUGAUAAGAAACUCCAAGCAGCAGAUAAUACAGUUCUUGAAGGAAGUGAAAGAAGAAGACGUCACGUUCGAAUACGUCCAUAAAGUCGAUGGUAAUCCCCACGACUUGACUAUGGUACAAAGAAGCACCAACGACGAGGAGAUCGUUCCUUACGAAGUUUUCAAACAACAAAAAGAAAAGAACGGCGAUCCCCCGUUGUUCAUAGGCUUCAAAGCUUUACUGCUUCUGAGAAUCACCAGCUGCGAGUUGAACAGCAUCAGCUGGGAAAUGUUUGACGGCCUCUCAGAACUCCAGUAUCUGAUCCUAGAAAAGAACAACCUGCGAUUCAUCCCCCCCUUCGCGUUCUACGGCACGCCUAACCUCAAAACUCUAUCCUUGUCUCACAACAAGCUACUGGACAUUCAGAUAACCGAUUUGGCUGGUCUCUUGCAGCUCGAGUACAUAGAUCUGUCAUUCAACAAUUUCACACAGUUAUCGGAGCUGUCGCUACCUCCUUUCCCCAAGCUGAAACUGGCCAAUUUUGCGGACAACCCUAUCGGUCUGGUAUUCCCCAACACCUUCGAGGUCAUGAACACCACCAACUCUUUGGUCAUAGGCAGUGACGCUAUCCCGCUCGGUUUAAUCACGAAUUCCUUUCUCGGACUGAAUGAGCUGGAGAAGUUGACUUUGAAAAAUGUGGAACUGGCGCUACUCAAGAGAGAUCUCUUAAGCGGAAUGCACGCGCUGAGAGAGUUAGCCCUCACCGGCAACAUAACCGAGCUUGAGUACGACGCCUUCUUGGAAGUGCCCAAAAUCCAGAAACUCGCGCUCGCCAACUGCCAAAUAAAAAACAUCUCCAUGGACACGUUCAUGGGCCUGCAAGACUUGCGCCUCUUGGAUCUCUCGAGGAACCUCCUGGAGUACAUCCCGCCAGGCGCCUUCGAUCACUUGACCGGCAUUAAAGAGCUCUACCUGAACGGCAACAAUUUCAAACAGCUGGCCCACAACGUGUUUUCGAAGAUCCACCCGAAGCUGCUGCGCCUGACCGACAAUCCCUGGCACUGCUCAUGCGCGAUGAGCGACUGGAAACCUCUGACAAUAAACAAGGUGAGGCAGAGGAUCCUGCAACCCUGCGACUACACCGGCGACAAGGGGGUGGCUUGUACGACGAAGAGCCGUUUCGGCGUCAGAUACGUGUACGAUAAUAAGGUGGCGCCCAAGUGUUCGGAGCCCAGCCAGUUCGUCAACUGGAACGUGUUCCAUGCGAUGAGGAGGAUCCUAAAAUGCGCUGAUUAUAAGCCCAAGUUGAGGAAACACUCGGUGGUUGGUGAGGACGACCGGACUCAGGUGCAGAGUUCGACGCAACCGUCCGCUACGGUAGCUUUUCGGAAUAUGACGAAACUAGAGAAACUCAAAUAUAAAAUGAAGAAAUACAAUGAGUAUCCUUUGGAUGGAAAUAUAUCUCAGCUGCUGAGUAAGCCAGGUAUAGAAAUGCCGGAGGAAAUGCCAAUUGAUGGUGAUGUCAUUAAGGACAAUUAUAUCAAGAAUGUUCAGAACAGUACGGUGAAAAAUAUUGAAGUUAAAAGAUAUCGGAAACGCUUCAGGAAAGUACACAGAAGAAUGAAGCAAAUAAAUAACGAUAUUAGUAAUGUUAUUUAA